UUAACAAUAAUGAUAUUAAUUUGAAAGAUUCUUUGAAUGAAUUAUAUCAGGGCAAUAUUGAUGUUGAAGACUUGCCUAAAGAUAGUAAAAUGUCUUUUAAAAAUGCUGAAGUCAUCAUAUUAGAAGAAGACCAAUUGUUUGAUGAUUUUAAUAAUGUGGAGAAAUAUAUACAAAACUAUGCAAAAUAUAUGGGCUUCAAGCUUCAACUAUUCAAUAAUGAAAAUGAGCAAUUUACCCAGAAUACCAGCUUUAUAAAUGAACAGUUGUUUUAUGAAGAAAUAUGGGGCUUAGUUCAUAUUGCAAUUAAUAAAUAUUUUUUACACCAAGAUUAUGGGUUUGUUGGAUUAGUCAAAACAUAUUUAGCUAGCAUACAUGAAAAAGAAACUAGAAGUCAACAAGUGAAUAAUUCAAAAAAUAAAGAAUCAAAUAAAGAGAAUACUCCUCCAAACAUCAUUCUUAGAAAUCUGAAGAAAGUUGCUAUUAGAGGAUAG